GUUAAAAUUUCCUCCUUCUGAUUCAUUGCUAAAUUCUCUAAUUGUCAAAUUCUAGUGGCUUUAGCUGUUUUGUUUUCUUUCAGUUUUUCUUCUUGUUUCACACUUCAACUCUCUGUGCUCUCAGGAGUGAAUUUUUUUAUCCAUAUGAGUAUGUUUGUGCACUCAGAAAAAAAGUUUCGAUCAUAAUCGUUACCUUUGCAUGGUAUGAUCGGAGAAGCAUCACUGAUUUACAAACUUUGAGAUUUUCAGCCACUUUUUCAACAUGUCAGCGUUUCACAAGUCUUUCAUGCAAUCAAAAUUGCCACCUCUGAUGGAGGGGUCCUCUGGCACCCUCCCACCGACAGGGACAAGUCGAAUUGGCCGGAGACAGCAGAAGUACGACUAUGCACCAGUACAUUGGGACAAAUAUUUUCGUAGUCGAAAUGUUGUUACAGUGGGUGGUAACAAAUUCUGCACCUAUUCAAAUGGUGAUUCAGGUCCUCUUUUGGUUCUUCUGCAUGGUGGCGGAUUCAGUGCGCUUACAUGGGCUCUGUUUUCAGUUGACAUAGUUGAAGCUGUUGAAUGCCAAGUACUGGCAAUUGACCUGCGGGGUCAUGGAGACACAGAAACAACAGCAGAUAAUGACCUCACAAUUGAAACUCUCUCCAAAGAUGUUGCGGAUGUCAUCAAUACGAUCUACCCAUCAGACUCGCCACCAAUUAUUCUCGUAGGACACAGUAUGGGAGGAGCAGUUGCAGUACACGUUGCAGACUUGUCACAUACCCUAGAUAUAAUUGGCUUAGUUGUGAUUGAUGUUGUUGAAGGCACAGCGAUGGACGCACUGUCGAGCAUGCAGUCUUUCCUUCGGAACCGGCCUAAGAGUUUCAGCUCUAUUGAAGAGGCUAUCUCGUGGAGUGUGCGCAAUCAUCAAGUAAGGAAUAUUGAAUCAGCAAAAGUUUCAGUUCCAGGACAAAUCAAGAAUGCUGCAACCGGGGUAAAUCUCAGUGCAGCUGGAGAAGUGAAGUCAUCAAGAAUCAUAGAAUCGUCUGGAUCAGAGAAAUCGAAGGAAGAUGAGGUUGACUUCAAAGCACCGGAGCCAGCUGCAAUAGGACCGUAUACAUGGAGGAUUGACCUUUGUGCCACAGAAAAAUACUGGUCUGGCUGGUUUCAAGGACUUUCAAAAAGUUUUCUUAAGUGUCCUGAGCAGAAACUCCUGAUACUAGCGAAUGUAGACCGAUUAGAUAGAGAUUUAACCGUUGGUCAGAUGCAAGGUAAAUUCGGAAUGCAUGUACUACCCAGGUGUGGACAUGCAGUCCAUGAAGAUGACCCUGAUAAAGUGGCAGGUGUGAUUGCCAAUUUUCUAGUCCGUAACAAAUUUGCUGAACCCACCUCUAAGUUUAUCAAAUUACUGCCUGGUUGUUAAAAAAAAGUAUUGGAACCAAGAAUGGCUAUCUUUGACAUGAUGGUACUUUCAAUAGAUCAAAGUUGUUUGAAAGAGGAAAAUUACAAAUUCUCAUCAAUGUAAUUCAGAGCGUUUCAAUGUCAUAACUGACCUGAUUUUGAAGAGGAAAUGUGCAAGAAUACUUUUAGUUUAUUAUGGUGCCUCCUAAUCAAUGUUCAAUUAGGGGUGCACUUAUUGAGUCGUUUCAUCAGCAUAAUUGAGAACACCACUUGCAUACAAGUUAAGGCUCUAAUAGCUCCUAUCAGCUUUUUGGAUACUCCAUACCCUGGAUUACUCUGUAGGAUCGAUAGAAUAUUGAUCGGUAAGGGUCAGAGGUUGAAAAAUCUUUCUUUUUCCAUGAUGAGUCAGGCCCUUGGACCUGGGUGGAUUAUUGGGUAUAGGAGCAGCCCAUACAUAUGAAGGCCGUUCUUGCAUCCACCAACGUGGCAAAAUUAUUUUUGGUUUAUGUGGAAGCUUGAUUUUUCAACCUGACUGCUAUCAUGCGACUGUGCAAAUUUUUCAUCAACUUGCUAUAUUUUUCAUACCAUCAUACCAUUUUCAAACAUAAAUCAACCAAAUUUUAGUCAUUACAAUGAUUCAAUGUCAGUAACGAGGGAGGAGAAAGGUGCUAAAUUCCUGUGGCAUAAUUUAGUUUAGUCAGAAUCGGUAUUCUCUCAUUUUGCGUUAAUCAUUUGUGAUCAAUCAUUAUGAUUUAUACUUCACAUAUUUUAACCAAAAUGAUUAUAGGGUGGAAGAAAGGCCUAUAAACUGACUUUUUAAAUGAAAUAUAUUAUAGCAAAAACCAUUAAUGUAUCGCAACAUCCACAGGACAUCCUUCAAUAGAAGGAUUAGGUCACAGAAAAACGGGGAACCUGCAAAGCUCAGUCCGCGUACAUCAUUAACAAAACUUUGAGAGCGUUUUACUCAUCAUGCAGUUUCUAGAUACAGGCCCCUAUUCUUGCAGUGCCCUCAGUGGCCGAAUUUCAUUAAAUUAUACAACUGUGUUAAUAAUCGUUAAAAAUGUAAUUUCUUAAAUUGAAUUUAGAAUUACUUAAAUUUUUUUUAAAUUGUAAUUUUUAUAGUUUAUUUAGUAUUUAUUUAUUAAAUUAUUAUUAUUUAUUUGCAUAAUAUGUAGAGCAGACCAAAAAAGACGAUCACAACAAUAACAGCUUAUUAGCAAAUAAUACUGCCAUUAACUUAAAAUAUGACCAUAAGUUAGAACAAAACAAAAGUAUUAUAAUGUGAAGAGGACUGAAAAUUAAAGCGGAAAAGAAAACUCAUGUAGCGAAAAGAGGCAUUAGAGCAAUGGUUUAAGAAUUAGAAAUUACAAAAAGUACUGAAUUCUCAGCAAAUUCUAGUCAAGAGUAUUAAGAAAGAAGUUUUCCCAUCCUAUGGUUAACUUGGUGUGUAACUGAUUUUGUAUCUUUAAGUAGAGAUUCUCCUUAUAAUUUUGGUACAACAGUGAUUUGUCUUGGACCAAAUUUGGCUGAGCUUUCUCAGUGAUGUGUUCUGGAAAUUUCUAUCCUUCUUGGAAAAGGAAGGUUUAAAUGUUCCUCAGGGCCUGAAUUGGAUGAUUUCAACAAGCCGCGAAGAAGAAAGGAUUUUUGUGCUGCAAACUUUAUCCAUUAUCAUGUUUUGUUGAUCUGCCACUGAUUCCAGGGGAUGACUUAGCCCAUAGAUUUGUUUUUUCAGUAGUCCCUUCUAACUUGACUGAGGAAAUAAAAUAUGCUGUCAGAGAAGUUGUGAAGUUAAACAGGAUCUCCUAAGGAACAAGUGUGUAGACUAAGUCAUUCUUGCAUGCUUUGUAAUCAUCAACUAGAAAAGCAUUUCUGAAGUGAAACUCCUAAGCCGUGUAUCUCGGUUUGCGACGUUGCAGACUUCCUGUCAUACUUUAUUUAUAUUUUUUAAAUGAAGAAUUAAAUUGUAGUUCUUAAAAGCUUCCGUGAAAUUUCUUUUUUAUGCGAAGUACACAAAUUCUUGGAAAAUUCCAAGGAAGGAUGUCGAUUAUUUCUGCUUCAAAGAAAUAAAAUCGGAGUGGAGAUUUUUCAAUACCACAAACAAGAUACGUGGUUUGGGAAUUUUACUGUGGAUAUUGAUCAAAGUUUAAGGGAUGAAAAAUCUUCCUUUUAGUCUUGUGUCAUCAGAAGUGAAUAAAAAUACUGAGGAACAUCUCGAGAAUCUGUUUUUCCCGUCGGAUGUAAAUGUCCAAAACACAUCACCUAUAUCAGUCUGAUGAUAAUCGCAGUUACUUAUUUCAAAAUUAUUUCACAGAUUUCUUUUUUCUUCCGCAUGAAAAGUUUCUAAAUUGUUUAAAAAUUAACUAAAGCAUUGUGAAGGGUAACUUACUAAUUAAUUCACCCAAGUGGUUGAGUAAAACUAAAUAAAAUUGUAAAGUUGAGACCCUCUAUAAAUUUUUUCUUGAAAAAAGGCAAAACCAUAAAUUAUUAGAAAGCUAGCAGAUUUUCUAGGCCGCAAAUGCCAGAUGGCAGAGCCUAUAUUUAGUGGUAAUGUUGUCUGAAUUGGUUUUGGUAGUUCGAUGUUUCUUUUCCUGUUUUAUGAUGUCUGCUUACAAAUUUCAAUUGUCAGUGAAGUUCACUUUGCAAUGUCCGCCUGAUUUCUAUUAUUUCCUCUCUUUUUCCGUUUAUUUUUAUAUUUUUAGUGUUACUUUUUCGUUUUAUGCAAUCGUCUUGGCCAUUGUCAGUUGUCACCUUACAAUGUACAACUGUUCUAUUUUAAGUGGCUAUCCCGUUGACAAUGAAAUGGAACUGAAUAAAAUUACUCAUUUUUCAGAGUAACA